AUGAGUGUCACCUUACCAUCUGUUCAAGCCUCAGCAAUGGCAGAAUCACUUUCACCAGAUCCACUUCAAACACUUUUAUUACCAUUAAAUAAUGACAUUCCAGCAGGGGUUUUAAAAUAUUUCUGUUCAACACUAAAUACACCAGAACAAUUAUUUAAAAAUACAGAAAUGGUAUUUUCAUAUUAUAUUUCUGAGGGAAAAAUCUCUCAAUUAAUAGAUUAUUUGAUUGACAGAGAAAUUGAAGAAUGUUUCAGAACACCAAGUUCAAUUUUUAGACGAAAUUCUAUAUUCACUCGUAUUAUUCGUAUAUUUCUUGACAAUGAAUUAAAACAGUUUUUAAAAGAGGUUAUUAAUAUUGUUCAGAAACAUAUGAAACAAAUCAAAUUUAAAUUAGUCAUUGGAAAUACUAUUAAUGCUGAUGUCGAAAAAUCAGUUAAUAAAAUCGCAGAUAUUAUUCAAUCUAUUCUUGAACAUAUCAUUGACUGUAAAAAUUAUCCAACUGGAUUUAGUUAUUUUAUGCAUAAAGUAUCUAUUGAACUACACAAAAGAACACCUUCAGUUGAAUUGUCAGCUCUCAAAAAUCUAAUUUUCUUAAGAACUAUUAAUAGUGCAUUGGUUCAUUCUCAAUCAAAGAACCAACAAGAAAUUGAAUCUAUAAAAACUCUUUCUGUUGCUUUCCAAUGGUUUGUUGGUGAUUCUACUGAACAAAAUAUUCCACCUGCACAAAAUUGGAAAUUACAAUUAUCAGAAAAACUUGGGUCAUUAAGAAGUCAAGUUGAUUCUUGGGUUACUUCAUUAAGAGACCUUGCAUUAGAUGAUUUCUUUGAAUUAUCUUGGGUAUCUCCUGAUGCUUGUAAUGAAUUACUACCAAGAAUGAAAAAAGAGUGGAAAGAUAUCCUUGAAUUUUUAUCACCAGAAUCACAAGGAUUACUUUCAUUACAUUUUUCUAAUGAACAAGAAACAAUGAGAAUGUACAUCAGAUUAACAAAUGAAUUAGAUGCCUUCUCCAAUGGUACUGUCAAAGAACAUAGUGAUUUGUUAAUGAAAAUGACUGCUAUGACAAUGCAAAUUAAGGAUUUAAAGGCUGAAAUUAAAUAUUUAAAGAAAAUUUUAGUAGAAAAGGAUCCAUCAUUAGGGUAUUUGUUACAACCUGAACAUUAA